AUGGCCCACCCGAAUCUCAAUCUCCUUACCGGCCUACGAGACCGUGAGAUGGGACUGUCCGACAAUGCACUGAGCGCUUUGCGAUCUCGGCAGCGGCACUUCGGGCACGAUGCAAGAGAUAGGACAGAGACAGUUGCAAUACCGGCGGGCAUACGAGAUAGGACAGAGACAGCUGCAAUACCGGCGGGCAUACAAGAUAGCCCCGUGAGUUCCAUGGCCGCUGCUCUCAGAACGAAAUUAGAAGACCUGCCUCAACUCAACAUCCAGAACCUGGACUCCCGCCAUACUGAGGAAAAAUUGUUCGCUUGCCCAUUUGCGAAGCAUGAUAAGUCCAGGUACUCUAAACACAACAAGCAUGAGAAGCAAUACCGCGUGUGCACAAGGGGAAUCUGGCCAGAUAUAUCUCGUCUCAAGCAGCACCUUUUCCGUGUCCAUUGGCGUGGGAUCCACUGCGUCCGCUGUUUUACUGAGUUCGAUAAUAAGAGCCUUAGGGACGCGCAUAUACGUACCGACCGGUGUCUGAUGGUAAACUGUCCGUAUCCAGAAAAGUUUGCCGAGGUACAAUACAACGAGAUUCGACGGAAGCGACCAACAAGCACCCCGGAGCAAGUUUGGUAUACCAUUUACGGCAUCCUCUUUCCGAGUCAACCACAGCCAGAGAACCCCUAUGCUAACAAUGUUAACAUACCACCACUGCCAGCACCGCCCGACUUCUCGUACACCCAAUCUGAAGACUGGACCGGGACUGAGAAGGAUAUGGCCAUGACCGCGCUGUCGGGCCUGGUGCGGAAGUCGGACCGUCCCUAUGCUGAUAAUGUCAAGACAUCACCACUGUCAGCACUCAAUCAUCCACUGGUACCAGCUGAUAUACUAGCACCCAUCCCUCCAUCGGUACCCGCUCCGCCUUCGUCACACCACCGGUUCUCUUACACCCUUUCUGAGGACUGGACCGGGACUGAGAAAGACAUGGCCAUCAUCAUGCUAUCAGGCCUGGUGCGGAAGUCGGACCGUCUCGAACCUGACUUGGGCUCGGGGUCGGCUGAAAGAGAAGGGAAACGGAGGAGGCUGGGCUACAGAUGA